GAGCGGCGAAAGAGCCCGGCAGGCCGGGCGGGGGGCGGCGGCGGAGCAGCGCCAAGGGUGGGAGGAGACUCCGCUCCGGGCGCAGGCAGACCCACAAGGGGAAGGAUGCGGAGGAGAGCACUGCAGCCGCACGCCCUCCCUGCUCGGCCGCCCUCGGCUCCCAUGGACUCCGCGGCGGCGGCCUCCGCCGUCGCCUUCAGCUUCCCUGCUCGCUUCGCUCCCGCCGCUGCUUUCCUCCAGAUCCGCAGCAGUUCCGGGGCAUCCGCGCUGGGGGCGCCUUGGGUCUCCUCCUGCUUUCCCGGGGCGGCGGGCAGCGGGGCGGAGGGCACCCGGCCCAGUCUCGUGGGCAGCGGCAGCGCCUUGUGCUGCACCCCGCACGGGCCCUCCGGACGGACGGCGUUGCUGCAGCCCGCCCUGGAAAGUGCAGGCCGACCCUCGGCAAAGCGAAGACUGGAACUGGGAGGAAGCGGACAGCAGUUUUUGGCUGAAGGACUAAGAACGCCGAAGGGGAAAGGGAGAGCUGCAACUAGAAGUCCAGAUAGUCCCAAAACUCCCAAAUCCCCUUCAGAAAAGACGCGAUACGAUACAUCGCUGGGUCUUCUCACCAAGAAGUUUGUUCAGCUUCUGAGCCAGUCCCCAGACGGUGUCGUAGAUUUGAACAAAGCAGCAGAAGUCCUUAAGGUACAAAAAAGGAGGAUUUAUGACAUCACCAAUGUCCUGGAAGGCAUUCACCUCAUUAAAAAAAAAUCCAAGAACAACAUUCAGUGGAUGGGCUGCAGUCUGUCGGACUUUGGGGGCAUGUUGGCACACUGUCAAGGCUUGUCCAAGGAGGUGGCAGAACUCAACCAGGAAGAGCAAAAGUUGGACGAGUUGAUACAAAGCUGCUCUCUUGACCUAAAGCUACUAAGAGAAGAUUCUGAGAAUCGGAGAUUAGCUUAUGUUAGAUACGAAGACAUUCAAGAAAUAAGUAGCCUUAAAGACCAAACUGUCAUACUUGUGAAAGCUCCUCCAGAAACAAAACUUGAAGUGCCUGACCCAAUAGAGAAUAAGCUGAUACACUUAUCUAGUACCCAGGGGCCUAUUGAAGUUUACUUGUGUCCAGAAGAAACAGAUUACCACAGUCCAAUGAAAACGCAAGAUCAGGAUCAUAAUGGAAAUAUCUCAAGGAAUGUUUCCAAAGAUUUGAUUUCUGAUAACUCGGGAAGUCUUGACUGUUCAGUAACUACAGCAACCAUCUCCCCAUUGGCCUCUCCAACCAACCUUCUGCAGCAGACAGAGGACCAAAUUGCAUCAGGUUUUGAAGGGCCAUUUGUAAGCUUGCUGCCGCCUCUACUUCAUGAAGACUAUUUGAUCAGUCUUGGCGAAGAGGAGGGUAUCAGUGACCUCUUUGAUUCUUACGAUUUUGAAAAAUUGCCAGCAUUGGUAGAUGAAUUUUUAUGCAGCUGAUUAUCCCUUGAGUCUCUUUCUUCCUCUCUCUCUCUCUGCACCCCCACAUAUUUUUAAAAUGAAACCAGAGUACCUGCUGUCAUUCCAUGUUCUCUGUUCUCUUACCUCUUAAUCCUUGUCCCAUUUCAAUAUCAUAAUUUGGAAUGCUUGAUAUUUGGGGAAAAAUAAUUCUAGAAUAGUGCAAACACAGAACUGCAGACUUUCUCAUCAGAGUUACCUCAAUCCCACGUUCUGGUAUCUACUGGUUUUAGCAAA